UACUAGCCGAAAAAAGGUUAAUAUUUGUCAGAAAACGGGUGUGUAAAAAAGGCGCCAGCAUCAGUGUUUGGAUGCAGCAGCGUUUAUUCAUGACAACAAUGAUGUCCGCGGUUAAACCGGAUUGUUUCAGAGUGUAAACUGGGUUUUUAAGAUUUGCAUUGCAGCUAAGUGUUUACGCUUUGACUCGCGGUUGGUGUUUUGUCUAAGGAAUCAUGGACGUCGGAGGUUUGGCGUGUUUAUCCCGCGUCUGCUCUCGCUCUGAGUGGGGAAGGAGUAACAGGAGAUACCGAGGAUAGGCCUCCGUUGAUUAGGCCGCACACUGCGGGUUUUGGCUUAUUUACUCAAAGUGACGCGAACUGGAGCCGCUUUGGACUCUUUAUUCCUGAGGUGUUUUUGUUCGUUUGUUUAAAAAUAAACCUGCUAAGUGCUACGUUUGGAAAUCGAAUGUUGUUGGUUCACUGGUAGCGGAUGAACUAGGAGUGAGACUGGUUACCCCCUGAGCUACCAUAACAGCUCUUGAACUGAUCAGAGGUUUUGUUUAUCCUGAAAGAUUCAUUUAUCCCGGACUGUACGUGUUUUAUUAAGGUUCUGAUUGCAGAGAGUGUGUUUAUUUGGGACCUUCAAACCUGCUCUUUUCGAAUUGAGCUAGCGGUGUAGCCUAGCUUUAGCAGAUCUGCUCGUCAGAUUUGAGUGAAUGUGGGACAAAAUGGACACCCCGACUAUAGUUUAUGAUCUGGACACCAGCGGCGGGCUGAUGGAGCAAAUCCAAACUUUGCUUGCACCGCCGAAGUCUGAAGACGGCGAGAAGCGCAGCCGGAAGUUAGAGAGGAGCAAUAGAAGAGCGGGCCGCGCCACCAACCACGACACCUGCGACAGCUGUCGUGAAGGAGGUGACCUACUUUGCUGCGACCACUGCCCCGCCGCCUUCCACCUGCAGUGCUGUAACCCACCGCUCAGCAGGGAAAUGCUCCCCCCUGGAGACUGGAUGUGCCAUCGCUGCACCGUCCGUAAGAAGAAGCGAGAGCUGAAGAAGGAACAAAUCAACGGCCUUAUGCUGUCCAAGCAGACGUCGUCUCCCGCUGCAGAGCCGGACCUGGGCACCCUCCGUCUGGAUCCCACAGUGGCCAGCACAGGCCUACGGGCAGCCGUGGCGCAGGUGCGACUCCUGGAGAGAAGGCCGAGCAGCCGACCGGCCACUCCCACCUCUAACGCUUCGUCCACUGAUACGCCCACACCCUCCGAGCACAAUGAGGAGGAGGACCUGUUGGACGUCGAGGACGAGGCUCAGUGCUCAGAGCCAGAGACCGGCCCAUCCACCCUAAAGAGACCCUUUGACCUGUUGAUCGCUGCCGCCAUGCAGAGGAACCCCACGCAGUUCCAGCUGCCUAAUGACCUCACCUGCACUACCGCACUUCCAGGAACCAGCAAAAAGAGAAGAAAAGAGGAAUCAACUGGGAAAAAUGCAAAACGGCCUCAGCAUGAGCUGGAUCACCACGGGCUUGUCCCAUUGCCAGUCAAAGUGUGUUACACCUGCAACAGGAGCUGCAGGCUUGCACCCUUGAUCCAGUGUGAUUAUUGCCCUCUGUUGUUCCACAUGGACUGCUUAGAUCCACCACUCACUGCCAUGCCUACGGGCAGAUGGAUGUGUCCCAAUCACAUUGAGCACAUGGUGCUAAACCAGCGAAGCUUGACACUAAGCAACCGCUGCCAGCUAUUCGACAGGUUUCAGGACCGUAUAUCCCAGCACGCUGUUAAAGUGGACUUUCUCCAGCGAACACACCGCCAGCAUCCCCCUACUCGACGAGCCCCACACGCUCCCACCAAGAAAACGCUGAAGGUUCCGGAUGCUAUCAAGUCACAGUACCAGAAGCCACCAGAAAUGAUGGCGCCUGCAGGAAUCAGAGAUGGCGAGCUUGUCUGUUCGGGUUAUUCUGAAACAUCACCGUCCCAUCACUUAACCAGCGACGAAGAGCAACAACAGUGGCUCAGAGACGUGAUCUCGCUCCAGUGUAGCAUCAUGCGACAUUUGUCGGCCAAGCAGAAGUCGUCCUCACAGUGUGACUUAACACAGACCGAAACGACAGACAAAAAGGACUCUGAAUCUUCAUGGUUACAUUCGUCCCUCAGCAAGGACUCCACAACGCCUGGAAAAACCUCAGAAUCGCUCAGCCUUAACUCGCCGGAUCGAGCGUGUAGCUCCUGCACUGAAAGACCGUGUAAGAACUGUGGAACCAGCAAUGGUCCUGUAGAACGCUCAACCCAAACUAAUGGUGGCCAGAUGUAUUCCACUGACCCCCAGGAGUCCUCAAAGACACCACGUUCUCCUACGUUAUCCAUUUCAAACCUGCCCAAUCAUGCUGGCCCUACACCCAUUAGGACUGAAGAGUUGAGUUUAAAAUCCUGUGCUGCUGCAGAUCCUUCUUCUCGGGUUAAAUCUGAAUCCAAUCCUACUUCCGCUCAUACACAGAAGACUAUUCUAAGGUUACCGUUAUCUCACGCACAACCAGCAGCAGAUUCAGGUGCAAGCUGUCAGGUGUCUACAGCGCUCUCCACUGACGGAAAACUCAGUGAGGAUGCGGUGACGCAAAGCAGUGGUGUAGACCAUUUCAAUUUGGGAGAUCUAUCCAGCUGUCUAAAGAACAUGAUGAAGGGAAAUGGGGAAAUUGAACUGAACGCAUUAGAUGAACGCUUCAUUAAGCUCCUAGCAUGGCAGCAGAUUCAGCAGCUUUUGGAGCCAAAGGUGCCUCCUGUGCAGGGUGACGUGGCUUCACCGAUUAUCACCUCAUUAACACACCCAGUUCGACCUGCUACAGCUCAAAAUAAAGACAUACAGGCCAGAGCGACAUUCUAUCCUUUAUCUGGAAAGAGAGCAGCUGUCGGCAUGUGCUACAGAAGCCUUUACAUUGGAACUGGUGCUGACAUGGACGUAUGCCUUACGAAUUACGGCCACUGCAAUUAUGUAUCAGGAAAACACGCUUGCAUUUUUUAUGAUGAGAACACCAAGCAGUACGAGUUGCUGAAUUACAGCGAACACGGGACGACAGUGGACAAUGUGCUGUAUUCCUGUGAUUUCUCAGAGAAAACUGGCCCAAGUCCGACCAGCGGCGUGGUGACUAAAGUACAGAACAUCAUUCGCCGCAGUAAGAAAAGAAAGAAGGAGGAAAAAGAGGAGGAGGUGGCACCCUGUGAAGUGGGUGCAGUGAUGAGCAGCCAGGCCGAGGACUCUCACCUCCACACGUGUGGCUGCAAAGCGAGCGGCUCCAGCCUGAUCGGGGGUAGCGGAGCAGGCUGGGAGGGCACGGCCAUCCUCCACCACGGCAGCCACGUCAAGGUCGGCUGCCUGCAGUUCGUCUUCAGCAUAACGGAGUUCGCCAGCAAGCCACCCAAAGAUGAAGAAGGCACAAGCACCAUCAUGUGCAGCACAGAACAGCAGGGGGAGGCAUUAAAUAAACUCACCCAGAUCCACCAAGUGCCAGCGCUGCACCACAGUCCCGUCCCAUAGCCCUCCUAACCAGCCUCGGAGCUCAGACUUGUACAAAACUGAACGCUGUCUUUCAUCAUUAUUUAAUUGUUAAUAUGUUUGCAUGAGUGAAGUUUUUUCACCUCCUCACUCCUUUUCAGGAACUCCUGUUGUCUGGGCGAGUUGCACAGGGCAGUUGCGCGAGUGUAAAUUUAGAUUUUAUAAAAUAAGGGAUUCUAACUAACGAACAGAUACAGAGACAGACUUUUCACAUGUAAAGAAAUCAGAGCACGGUCUAUUUUGUGCCAGUAACGAGUUUUUAUAUAAACACACGUAUGUUUUUCAUAAGACAGAACUUUUUAUUUACUCAUUUUUUAUUUAACGUUCUGUAUUUGGAAGUAUAGUAACAUUCUAGUGUCCCAUUUCGCUACUUGGCUGUAGCCUCGGGCGGUUCAGAUGUGUGUCCCCACACAAGCGAAUCCGCUUACAGGUUGUAUAUAUGUGUAUGUAUCUGUGUAAUCAGUGUAAAGAGCGGCGUAUACACACAACAAAACCGAAAUGAAAGGAAUUCACUGUGUACAAAGCAGAAACAGGGACGCAGAAGGAUCCGUGUACAUAGAUGCUAUUCUGGCUUUUAUAUUUGUACAGUGCUUCAUUCGGUUGAUGUUAUGUAGCUAUCGAAGUGUUAAGUCCUUUUUUUUCUUCAAUACUGUAGUCAUUAUGUAUAUGUCUGUUUCAAAGAGAUUUCAGCAGAACAGUUUCAUGUACUCUGUUCUUACAAUUUUGACCAGUCUGUUAAACAAUGUAAAUAUCUAAAGAUUUUAAAUAACAUGCUUUAGAAACAA